UACUGUGGACCGCGAGUACCCAGCUAGAGCAGCAGAUCUACGCAACGGGGCAGAUCAACGAUAAGCGCUUCUUCAAGCGGAUCAUGCUGCUGUUUAAGACGUACAGCGAACGGGCGAUCCGUAGCACGCCCGCCUUUUUGGUGAGCCGUACGCUCAUUAGCGCUCUAAGCAAUGUCGACAAGGGCGUGCACGUGGAUACGGCGGCACCGGCACCCGCCUCGCCCUCACCGCCUUCCUCAUCCGGCGGCGCCGCUCCUGUCGCUUCUUCUGCUGCUGAGGCGGCUGCUGCUGACAAGGAAAAGCAGCGGUUGCUGGAAGAGGGCGAGCUAAACGUAACAGACUUCAUCACCUCCGGAGAGGUCGUUGCUGGUGAGCAAGAAGCAGCUGAAGCACUGCAAGAAAACGAGAAGCUCAAACGCACGCUGCAGCAGGCGCUGUUUCCGGUACGGCACAUGACUCUGGAGCAAGUACGGGUGAUGCGGGAGCGGCAUUCGGGGCGGGAACUGCCCGGAUUCAGUCCGUACAGCGCUGUGGAGGAGCUGAUCAAGGAGUUCAAGGGCCAGUGGUCGGCUCAUGCCCGGGAGUGCCUGGAGGAGGUGGCGGAGGCGACCCAGGCGCAGGCGGGUGGGCUGGUGAUGCGAAUCUUUGAGCGCUUUCCCAAGGCGCAGCGGGCGGUCGGCAUGGCGCUAACCGACUUCAUCGAGGACCUAACUACCGA